AAUUUAUUGUGAUGCCAUUCGGAUUAACGAAUGCCCCAGCGGCAUUCAUGGAUCUCAUGCAUAGGGUGUUCCAGCCCUACCUAGAUCAGUUCGUUGUGGUCUUUGUUGAUGACAUACUGAUCUACUCCAAGUCUGAGGAGGAGCAUGAAGGUCACUUGAGGGUUGUUCUCCAGAUCUUGAGAGACCACCAGUUGUAUGCCAAGUUCAGCAAGUGUGAAUUUUGGCUUACGGAGGUAAAAUUUUUGGGACACGUGGUGUCAGCUUCGGGUGUGUCAGUUGAUCCGGAGAAGGUUGAGGCAGUUAUGAGUUGGGAGAGGCCGAAGUCAGUCUUUGAGAUACGUAGUUUCUUAGGAUUGGCAGGGUACUACCGGAGGUUCAUCAAGGACUUCUCUCGACUAGCCGCACCUAUGACCAAAUUGACCAGGAAAGAGGUCAAGUUUCAGUGGGAUGAAUCGUGUGAGAGAGCAUUUCAAGAGUUAAAGAAGAGACUUACUUCAGCUCCGAUUUUGAUAGUUCCGGAGAGGGGACAGAGGUACACAGUGUAUUGUGAUGCCUCCAAAGACAGACUUGGGUGUGUUUUGAUGCAGUCUGGGAGGGUGGUAGCUUAUGGUUCUAGACAGUUGAAGAGCCACGAGCAGAACUACCCCACACAUGACUUGGAGUUAGCGGCUAUUGUCUUUGCCUUGAAGGCAUGGCGCCACUAUCUAUAUGGAGAACAGUUUGAGAUAUUUUCGGACCAUAAAAGUCUGAAGUACAUUUUCACGCAGCGGGACCUCAAUAUGAGACAGCGCAGGUGGAUGGAGUACCUAGAGGACUAUGACUUCACUUUGCAUUACCAUCCCGGUAAGGCAAAUGUGGUGGCUGAUGCACUGAGUCGAAAGUCACGGGGAGUUUUGGCCAGUAUAGCUUCCCAGGAGUGGCUGAUGCUUGAGACUGUUGGACAGUUCAGGCUACACUACAGAGGUCAGACUCGUGGCACUUUGGGGAGUCUAGCGGCUACGCCUUCCCUACUAAGCAGAGUGAUCGAGUCCCAGGGCCAGGAUACAGAGAUAUUGUCUAUUAGGGAUCGCGUACAGUCGGGUACAGGUGACGAGGGCUGGGCCGUUCACGCGGAUGGUAGUCUUCGGUUCAGGGGAAGGGUUGUGGUUCCCCAAUCUGCAGAUCUGAGAGAGGAGAUCCUUAGGGAGUUUCAUUGCUCCCGUUUUGCUGUGCAUCCAGGUAGUACAAAGAUGUACCAUGAUCUUCGCCGCCAAUACUAUUGGAAUGGGAUGAAGAAGCACGUUGGAGAUUUUGUUAGUCGAUGUCUCACAUGUCAGCAGGUCAAGGCUGAACAUCAGAGACCAGCAGGGUUGCUCCAACCUUUGGAGGUGGCUGAGUGGAAGUGGGAGCACGUCACGAUGGAUUUUGUGACUCACUUGCCACGGACAUCGCGAGGGCAUGACGUAUGACCUUCACACUGGAGGAUUUUUGUAGACUGUACAUACGGGAGAUAGUUCGAUUACAUGGGGUGCCCGUAUCUAUAGUAUCCGAUCGGGACCCUAGGUUUACGGCCCAUUUUUGGGAGAGUUUUCAGCAGGCCAUGGGAACACAGUUGAUGAUGAGUACCGCUUUUCAUCCCCAGACGGACGGUCAGUCAGAGAGGACUAUCCAGACCUUAGAAGACAUGCUACGGGCAUGCAUCCUUGAUUUCAAGGGUGGCUGGGAGGAGCAUUUACCAUUAGUAGAGUUCGCCUACAACAACAGUUAUCAGGCGAGUAUACAGAUGGCACCUUAUGAGGCACUUUAUGGGAGGCCGUGUCGUUCUCCGAUUUGCUGGACCGAGGUUGGAGAGAGACCCUCCACGGGUCCGAAUUUGAUUAGAGACACUUCAGAGAAGGUGGACUUGAUACGGAAACGUCUUAUCACGGCUCAGAGCCGGCAGAAGAGUUACGCUGACAGACGGCGACGACCUCUGGAGUUCGAGGUUGGAGAUCAUGUCUUCUUAAAGGUGAUGCCUAAGAGGGGAGUGGUCAGGUUCGGAAAGCGGGGAAAGCUGUUGCCGAGGUAUAUCGGGCCCUUCGAAAUACUUGAGAGGGUUGGUACAGUUGCCUAUCAGUUGGCAUUACCGCCUAGUCUAUCUGGUGUUCACGCGGUGUUCCAUGUUUCUAUGCUCCGAAAGUACACUCCAGAUCCUACACACGUGGUGGAUUGGGGUGAGCUAGUGGUUGAUGCAGAUGGAACCUUUGAGGAGGGACCAGUGCGUAUCAUGGACAGCCGAGAACAGGUUUUGCGGGGCAAGACUGUGAGGCUGGUAAAGGUGUUGUGGCAGCACCGUGGGAUGGAGGAGGAGACAUGGGAACGUGAGGACACUAUCCGAGCUACCUAUCCAUUUUUGUUCGAGAAUGGAGGUACAUCUCUUACAGUCAUAGAGUAUUUAAUAAUUUUUUUUUGCAUAUGCAUGUCGUUAUAUAUGCAUGUGGGUAUAAUUUCGGGGACGAAAUUCCCUAAAGGGGGAGAGAAUGUAAAACCCGAUAAAAAAAAUAAAAUAUAUUAUUAAUCCUAAUAAAAAUAAAAGGGUAAAAUAAUAAUUAAUUGUUAAAUUAUGGGUCAAAAACGUAAA